GCCGCCACAGGUCGUGUGAGGGAGCGCAGAAGCGACGUCAAUCCCGUGCCUGACUCACCGUUGCCCCCCUCCCCUCUCUUUGUCGGUCUGACCCAUGAAUCACUGAGUAGUAUUCGUAUUGAUCCAUCAGUCUUCGACAUUACCUUUUUUCGUGAGUGCCUCGCGGGCGAUUUAGACCCCGCUGUCUGUUGCAAACCACCGACCGACCCGUUGGCCACCUUUGUCCGUGCAGUGGCCUGAGUAGCGACAACUUUGCCGAUCUGCCUGUCCAGGCCGCUCGCUGGCCAUUUGGCAGUACUACCCCGCUACCCCGCCUCGCCCACGGCCAGACAUUUCCUUCUUUCCACGCCCAAUCUCCAGACUCCCAAGACAUCUUUGCCUUCCCACAGUUGGGUACUAGCAGGUGGCAUUGCUCACUUGGGUCUUCUCUUGCACACUCUUGGAUGCCCAGUCUGUUUACUUUCUGUCCUCAAACAUGGCCGGUGGUCCCAGCACAACGGCUGCCCGCCGCGGUGGCAAGUUCAACAAGCCAUCUCGUGGAGGUGGCAAGCACUACUCGCGUGGCCUCCAGCCCGUCGACGCUGAUGGCAACCAGGUGAGCAUGUGGAGUGCCGACUCCCAGAAGCGGGAAGAGGACGACGAGGACGACUCUGAGGAAGAGUCUUCCGAGGAGGAGGAGAGCGAGGACGAUGUCGGCCCCUCCAACGCCGCGGCCGCCGCGGCCGCCGAAGCCAACCGCGAAGACCGAAAAGCCCAGAAGAAGGCGCGCAAGGAGGCCGCCCUUGCCAAGCAGCGCGCCCGCAACGUCGAGGUGGGCGACAUGCCCUCGAGCGACGACGACGACGAGGAGAGCGACGACGAUAUGCCCGCGAACCCGAACCACUCCAAGGCGUCGCGUAACAUGACCAAGGCCCCCAGCAGCGGCGACGGCGACGGCGACGGCGUCGACGACAUCACCAAGGGCGUGCAGGACAUGAAGGCUCCGGCGAGUCGGCGCGAGCGGGAGGCCCUCGCGGCCGCCGAGGCGAAGGAGAAGUACAUGCGGCUGCACGCCGCGGGCAAGACGGACGAGGCCAAGGCCGACCUGGCCAGACUGAAGGUGAUUCGCGAGCAGCGAGCAGCGGAGGCUGCCCGAAGACAGGCGGAAAAGGAAGAGAAGGAGGAACAGGAAAAGACCCGCCGGGCUGAGAUUGAGGCCAAGGAGGCUAAGAAGCGCGAGGCUGCGGCCGGGCCCAAGAAGUCUAGCAAGAAGAAAUAAGGACGCCGCAGUAGAGGCGCGUAGUUGUUGCGGUCCUGCUUUUGGAUAUUCGAGCCGCGAUUGCAGCUUGAGCCGCAACCAUUGCAUUUGCGACAACAGCAAGCAGGUGUAUUGGCGGUUGUAUAGCAACUGGCCCAUCAAGAUAAGUCAUAGAGUUGCAUGUAACUCGUACUUCGUACAUGUCAUCUACAUUGUACAUUUGCCCAGCAUGCAAGGCGGCGCGAGUUGCUGCAGAGAAGUGCGCGUGCUGCUGAACAACCCAGGAGUGC